UUGGGCUGAUAUCGCUGAUGGUGAUACCCGACUACCCAUUCAGGCUACCAAUGUCGUAGAACUUGCUGUGUAUCAGGUCUGCGUCGAGUUACGACAUGUAAAUAGUAUCUUAUUAGACAAGGUGAGCCAAUAAGAUGACGUGUAAAAAGACCCUCUAGAUAUAUAAACAAGGCAAAGAACGUUCUAAUGCGGGGAUAUAUAGUCCAUCAUGCAAGCAUUGCGACAAGAGCUUGCAAAAGCAGCGAUUAAAUGUCUAUCCGACUUUUACAACAGCACACAGCAAACCGACAUUACUGAAAAGGGUGCAAUCCAGCUAAUCUUUGACAUCCACUUCUUAAACCUGAUUUUCCAAGACGGUGUCAUGACCGACAGACUACGCAAUCUUAUGGAGAAAACCAAGGAUUUUAUUGAUCCAAUCAACUGGGCAUCUUUCGAACCUCAUUUCCUACCAAACGUGGAAAGAUUCUGUCUUAAACAAACCUUAUUGCUUGGUGUUUUGACACGUCCGAACAGAGAGGCAUUCGAAAGAUCCCGGAAAGCGGCAAGUCAGCAGCAACAGCAACAUAAUGUGCUUGCGAUUGCGACCCAGGCACCACGGUUCACUUUAUUACCAAUUGGACAUUUGACUAGUACGAUUAGAGCAUAGAAAGGGAAGAAUGGCAAUAACCGCAUUAAUGGAUCGUGUUGAAACUUGGACUAAUAGACGCAGAUUCAUAUUUAAUAAUAAACAAAAAGAGAAACUAUAUGGCAC